CAGAUACACCAUCGAGUGAACGGGAAAACAGGAGUCAACAACUUCUCCUAAACAAUACCGAAAAUGAUGCGUUUUCGGCGAGCUGUGUCUUUGCUGAGGCACUUAGAACAGUUCCAGUCUUCAUCUAGACCAGCUGCAUUUGCCGUCACCCAGAAAAGAUAUGCACAGUCUCAAACACAGUCAGAAGCCACUCCAGCAAUAGAAAAGAAGGAUGUACCGCAAUCGAAAUCAUUCGCCAUGAACCUAUUCAGGGGUCAGAUCCAAGCUGACCAAGUAUUUCCUUUUCCUGAGUUUUUGACCGACGAGCAGAAGGAGACACUUGAAAUGCUUGUCGACCCCACUUCUAAAUUCUUCCAGGAAGUAAAUGAUGCCGGCAAAAACGACAUGUUGGAAAAAGUUGAGGAUCAAACGAUGGAAGGAUUGAAGGGCUUGGGUGCAUUUGGUCUCCAGGUGCCACAGUCAUUUGGUGGUGUCGGCCUAAACAACACGCAGUAUGCCCGGUUGGUGGAGAUCGUCGGGGCACACGAUCUUGGCGUGGGAAUCACUCUUGGUGCUCAUCAAUCCAUCGGCUUCAAGGGGAUCCUGCUGUUCGGUACCAAAGCUCAGAAGGAGAAAUAUCUGCCUCGUCUUGCCACCGGUAAACAGAUGGCUGCCUUCUGUUUGACCGAACCUAGCAGUGGUUCUGAUGCCAGCUCAAUCCGCACCAGGGCCGUCAAGUCGGCUGAUGGCUCACAUUACGUCCUCAGCGGGAACAAGAUUUGGAUCAGCAAUGGAGGCCUGGCUGAAGUCUUCACCGUGUUUGCGCAGACGCCUGUCAAGAAUCCAGAGACUGGAGAAGUGCGCGACAAAGUCACUGCAUUUGUUGUGGAAAGGGGAUAUGGUGGCGUCACCAACGGUGCCCCAGAGAAGAAGAUGGGCAUCAAAGCUUCAAACACAGCCGAGGUCUAUUUCGACGAGGUGAAAGUCCCUGCUGAGAACGUCCUUGGCGGAGAGGGUGGUGGGUUCAAGGUUGCGAUGAAUAUUUUGAACAACGGCAGAUUCGGAAUGGCGGCCGCUCUUGCUGGCACGAUGAGGUAUUGCAUCCAGAAGGCUGUGGAGCAUGCGGGGCAGAGGACACAGUUUGGGAGGAGGAUCGAUUCUUACGGGACGAUUCAGGAGAAGAUUGCAAGAAUGGCAAUGGCACACUAUGUGACUGAGUCGAUGGCAUACAUGAUCUCGGCCAACAUGGAUGGAGGUUCAACUGAGUUCCAGAUUGAGGCAGCGAUCAGCAAAAUAUAUGGAUCUGAAGCUGCGUGGUUCUGCGCCGAUGAGGCCAUCCAGAUUCUUGGUGGGAUGGGUUACAUGAGGGACUGCGGCCUGGAGAGAGUCAUGCGAGACUUGAGAAUCUUCAGGAUCUUUGAAGGGACCAAUGACAUCCUGAGGUUGUUUGUAGCUUUGACUGGAAUCCAGUAUGCUGGCGGCCAUCUCCGUGAGUUGCAGAAAGCCCUGAAGAAUCCAACCUCCAACUUGGGCCUGAUUCUUGAUGCCGGUGCCUCAAGGGCCAAGAGAAUGGUCGGACUGAGUACAGGAGAAUCUCUCACAUCUCAUGUCCAUCCAAAUCUCUCUGGCAGUGGUACCUUGGCUUCCAAGUCGAUCGAAGACUUUGGCUUUGCUGUUGAAAACAUGCUCAUGAAAUUUGGGAAGAAAGUUGUGGAUGAGCAGUUUCUCCUAAACCGCCUUGCUGAGGCCGCUAUAGACAUCUAUGCCAUGGUGGCUGUCCUCUCGCGGGCCUCACGUUCUAUCAGCGAGGGCAUGCCAACAGCAAAACACGAGGAAAAUCUGGCAUCCGUCUUCUGCGAGGAGGCUGCAGAACGAGUGAAGAAAAACCUGGCUGUCCUCUCAUCUGGUCCUCACAAGCAGAACUUCAGCAAGAUGUCAAGUAUCUCCGAGGAAGUUGUCGCAAAUGGUGGGCUGGUGCAGCCUCACCCCCUCGGGAUCUAAUUCCUAAUGAUACAAUCACUACCACCGGGAUGCACUAGUAACGAAACCUUUGGACUGCAUUAUACUUUGGCAUGUCAUAACAUGAAAUAGGUUUUUGAGUUUCUUAUCAAUAUGAAUUCUCUUUUAUAUCAAAGUGAUAUACACGUAUCGGCCACACCAUCCCAUUUAUCAAAAUAACGUUUUAACUUGAGAAAUUCUAUUUGAGUGUCUCAAAGAUCACAAUCUGUAUUGUAAAAUUGUAAGAACAUUUUUGAGUUACUGAAGUGUACUAGAAACCUUAAAGAAUCACCUGAAUGAAGAAUUACUAUGUAAACUGUAAAAAUGUACAGAAAAUGUUAUAUUUAUGUCUAACUUUCUUGUAGAUAUUCUUGAUUGUGUUUCAUAUUUGAGGUACAUAUAUAAAUUAAACGUAACACUAUUACAUAUAAAACAAGUGUUUUUU